CGUCAGGACAGUGUCCCUCCCCUGGCCUCAGCCCUCAACACAGUUCGUCCCAAUACUCACAGCCGCUAAAUGCAUCCCUGCUUGGAAAUCCCAGAAAUUCGUUCGGAGAUAUCCUAGCACACCGAUGAAAAACGGGACGAUCCCUCAAGUCUCGUCGCCCUUGCAAUGACGUGCAAAGCAUUCAAGGAUCCUGCUCUCGACGUACUCUACUGGCAGAUUCCUAGCCUUGCAAACUUGCUCAUGUGCAUGCCGAGGAACUUGUGGUCGCUCAAUAACGAGGAGCCAAUAGUGCUCUCAUUCUGCCGUACAAUGCUGCGAGCUGAUUGGAUCGUUUUGCAAUCUUAUGCUCUUCGUCUGCGGUCUAUAUACGCUGAUGAACCUGUCAAGAUGCUUGUAGACUCGGACGCUCUCAGUGCUGUAAGCCACUAUAGCGGCACUAACCUCCUUCCAAACCUGCGGGAACUCCGCCUGUACCACGAGAGCACUUGCGAUGACCUACUACUUCGCAAUAUUGUGCACGUUCCGCAGAUUUACCUUGCGCCGCGCGUAACAACGCUCUCGCUAUCAAAUCUGUCGUCAAAGUCUUUACACGUGCUAAGCGUUGCUAUCCAAAGGUACCCCCUGCUCAAAACCAUCCGCCUGGCUAUACGAGAUGCAGUUGGAGACGAGCUUCUGGAGAUGCUGGAAGGAGUGGACACUCUUAAGAGUCUUUGUUCGUUUGAACUCGUCCUCGAGGACAAGUAUACUUUUCCACUUUCGAGGAUGCUUGAAGCGCUCGGCACCCUAUCUCAUCUCGAUGAUAUCUUACUAGAGUGUUCCAACAUCGAUCUCGCCCUUCCUCCCACUUUCCUUACAUCUGACGACAAUGCACCCGCGUUUCCCGCACUUGCAGCCCUUUACCUAUUCAGCAACGCACGCCAGAUAGUGCACAUCAUGCAUUACAUGCGCAAACUCCCUAGCCUAACGGACAUAUUCGUCCGUUUCACCGAUCUUAUAGAAGACACCUCAGUGCCUCAAGCGAUUGAGGCGCUGACUAAGGCUCUCUCCGCAGCGGAAUCACCCAUCCAAGGGAUCGACAUCAGCUUCCCAGAAACCGGGGACUACUCUGAUUUAGUUUCCUUUCAUGCGCUCCGCCCAUUGUUCAGGUUCCAACAGCUACGGUCAUUCCAUCUGACAUGCUUUCCACCCCCUUCCCUCGAUGAUGCGAUGCUGACGGAGCUUGCACGAGGCCUCCGCAAACUUCACACGUUAGAGUUACAAUGGAAGGCGGAUGCGCAGACCAAUAGUCGCCCUAAGGUUACGUUCACAGGGCUUCGAGCGUUACUCCGCCACUGUCCCAACCUCCAACACCUUUCACUGGCUGUUGAUACAACGGUACCCUGCAACGACGACUACUCACACACAGCUCCGUCGGUCGACGAUGUAUGCCAUUCUGAGCUCAAGACUUGGGAGGUAGGGGACUCGCUAAUCGGAAAUGCCGACGUUCAGCGUGUUGCCAUCACAUUGGCAACUUGGACUCCACAUCUCCAAGAUAUUGCGGUCACAGCGGAAAAAUCUAGCUCUCUUACGAGCAAGGCGUACAACGCGAGGACCAAAGCCUGGAAACAG